AUGCAAGACACAUCACUCAAAGAUCAUUUAGAUGCUGAGAGAGCUAUCCAAAAAUAUGAGUUGAAUACCUCGACGUUUGAUGUUGUUCGAGUCGAUGAUUUUCACAACCACAACUGUUCCACCAUGUUCUGGUACUUUUAUAUGUGGAUCCUCGUGUUCUUAGCAUUUGUAUUGUUGGCAGUUGAUAUCUACUCAUGUCUCAAUAUUCUUGUGUUUCAUAAAUGGGCAACGGAUGAUUAUAAACCAUAUGCAUAUUCGAUAGCCAAGUGGAUUUUCACUGGAUGUAUCAUCUUUGAGUUUGUUUUAUUGAUUUACUGUUGGAUCUGGGCUAUACAUAUCUAUCGCACGAAGAACAUUGCCAUGGUGUAUCUCAAUUCAAUAUGUAAAAAGAUUUAUUCCAUCAAGUCAUAUUCCUGCUUUUGCUUAAUGAAUAGUAUUGACGAAGGUAAAUUUUUCGAUCAAUGUUGUUUCAAUACCUACUAUGAAAUACAAAAUGCGCCACAGAUCCUCAUUGCAGAUACCCCAAGACAAGUCAUUAAUAUUCUUACGCUAAGGUACUAUGCUACUGGCGGUGAUUUAAACAACGAUAUACUAAGCAAUAUCAGAUCCAUUGCAAAAACAAAUUUACGACUUUCCAUAAUCUUGAGCUUCAUGUGCUUGUCGGUCUUUAUCUACGCCAUAUUCUUUUUCAAAUUCUUGUUUGGGAUGCUACUGUAUAUACCUUUGAAAUAUUCGCUAAAAGAUCAAGGUUACAAAAGCUUCAAAAGUUAUUGCAGUUACUUGGUGAAUAAAUCAGUUUCAGAUGCCGUUAACAAACACCACAGACCGAAGAAAGAAUUGAGGGAAGAAGGAUUGCUUUCUGAAGCUGCAAUCUCACAACUUCCACAAAUAGAUGAAUACCCAUCCGAUUAUAAAGGAUAUACUCGAGUAUACUAUGGAAGAUCAGAGUCAGACGAAAGCAUCGCAAUGAGAAGUUUGAACUAUAAUGCAUCAAAACCAUAUGGGGACCUGAAACCAGAUCUCUACCAACAAAUACCUUUCGAUCAAUUGCAACAAUCCGAACAAGUAUUUUCAACAUUGGGUGCGAAUAAUGUUCCUUUUAGCAAGAGACUAAGCAGCCUUCGGGAAAAGAAUACAAAUAAAUUAUUUGAACAUCCUCAGGUCGCUGGCAGUGCUAGCAGUUUAACGAAUGCACAACCACAAGCACGAUAUGAGAGUCUCACACAAGUAGACACGCAAACAAGUGUCGCAAACACCAACGAUCUACAUUACUACAAACAGAGACUGAGAUCAUACAAUAAGUUAAUGCAGAGUGAUGAAUUACUUGAAGAGUCGCAAAGCAGAAUGCCCAGUUACCCAAUGAGAUCGUAUACUGCAGAGAGCUCAUAUGACCUUCGUAAUCCAAAUCAGAUGGAUUCACAGAUUGACUUGCUUUCAACAGAUCCCAUACACGAGCAGAAUAACUACGAUGCUAUAGAUCAAGAACAUACAGGAUCAGAACCCUGGUCUUUGAACGCCCCAUUUACCGAGCCACACCAGCAUCAAAAAGUGUUAAAACGUAAACCGAUUCUGAGAUCAUUUACAGAGGAGUCAUAUGCAACAAGUCAGUAUACCUCGCAAGAUCCAUUUUCUGAUGACCAAUUUGCCUAUGAACAACCCAAGGUGCCAGAAGUCAAGAUUGACCACAGUUCGCCAAACUCACAAAAUUCGGGCGAAAUAGACAAAAUUUUGGAUGCUUACGACGCCAAUACAUCAGCUCCAUACCCUGUAAGAGGAGUAUCAAAAUUCUUUGACAAAGAAUGA